AGUGACGGCAAACCCAAAGGUGUGUCGCCUCUUGAUACAACCUCUUCAAGCUAACUAUUUAAAAUUGAACUUUGUAUAACCUAGCUAUAGUUACGGUACUUUUGAUAGGAUGUUAGAUUAGUCAUGUGGACUAGGCGUGGUUUCGACUAAUGUGAGGUGGCUGUUGUUGGGCAGAAGAAGCGCCGCAGCUUGCUCUCGAGUCCGUCUGGCUAACUUAUUAGUUUUAAUUAUUUUAGAUAUGGAUAACCACAAGCCCAGGAGCAGCAACCAGACUUCCCCUUCCCAUAAACUGUCAAAUGGCUACAUUCUACCUGAGGGCAAACUGACUCCCAACGCCCUCUUUGUUGGUGGAAUUGACAUGAAGGUAGAUGAAAAUGAAAUGCGGGACUUCUUUGCAAGAUAUGGUCCCGUAAAGGAAGUAAAAAUUAUCACAUACCGUGGAGGGAUCUGCAAAGGGUAUGGGUUUGUUUACUUCAAUGAAGAGGUCAACAUUCAGUCAAUCAUUGAGCAACAGAUCAGUUUUAAGGGCCGGAAACUCAAGCUGGGCCCUGCCAUUAUGAAAGAAAGGAGCUCUCGGUCCAUGCCAUCCCGUCUGUUUGGCCCGGCUCCCUGGAUGAGCCCCACUCAGUACUUCUACUGCGCCUGCUGCUCACCCAUGGGAGGGGCUAUGGCACCACCUUCGCCCAUCCUCAAUGGAGGCAGCCCCUACAAUCAGCCGUACUCUUACUCCAACUUUGGAGGGGUCAUGAUCCCACAGAUGCCAAUGAACUACGCACAGAACGCCUACGCCUACCAGUACACUCCACCUCACUGGAUGGCGGACCAGAGGACACGGCCUGUCAAUCAGAACUUUGUGGACUGCGGAGUCCAGACUAUGAUGACUGUGCUGUAGUCUGCAGCUACUGAGCCCCUUGCCAGAUGUUCUACAGUGAGUCAAAAUGCGGACAGGAUGACAUCUUGAUGUUCCAGAAUGGCUGGAAGCAACCCAACGUCUCACACUGUUUCCUGAAUGCCCUCCUCUCUCCCCUCACUUUUUGAGACCCAUUUUAACACCAGACUGCGGGAGCUCUCCACUUUUUCUGUAAUUUGUCACAAUCACUUUGACCACGACGGGUAGGGACUACUGUUGUGUAGUCAAACCGCUUUUAACCCACAUGGAUCACAGGGACAGAAGAGCAGCGCACCCCUCACCGUACCAGCUGAUAUAUGGGCUCACAUUCCUUAUUCUUGUUUGUAUACCUUUGUUAGUAAU